AUGUCGAACUCGGGCAGGAAGGACUUUGACGUGAAGCACAUCUUGCGCCUCCGCUGGAAGCUCUUCAGUCACCCGGCGGCGCCCGCGGGCGGCUGCUUGCAGCCGGACGGCAGCUUCGAGCACUGGGGGCCCAGCCAGAGCCGCCUGCUGAAGAGCCAGGAGCGGGGCGGCGGCGGCGGUGGCGGAGGCGCCUUCUGGAAGAAAGCCGCCGCCGCCUCGCCGCCGCCGCCGCCCGCCGCCGCCGCCUGCCCGCCGCCCUGCGCCGCCUCGCCCCUGCCGCUGAACGGGACGUCGCUGCCCGCCACCAGGCUCCAUGGGCUGGCCGAGCCGCAGGGCCCCCCGGCGGCGCCCCGGACCCUCUUCUACGUCGAGUCGCUGGACGAAGCGCCCGGGCCCGGCAGCGGCGGGGGGGGCUUCGCUGAGUUCCCCCGCCCGGAGGAGAAGGCGCUGGUGCUGCGCGAGGUCAAGGGGGCGCCUCUGCCCUUCGCGGAUGGCGGCGGACGGGCAACAGGUGAAGGCGCCGCGCACAGGCUCUCUGUGGCCAACCAUCCUUUGACUCCUCAGUGUGAUAUGGACCCCGGUAGUUCUGAAGAAUUCUACCAAGCUGUACAUCAUGCGGAACAGACCUUCAGAAAGAUGGAAAGCUACCUGAAGCAACAACAACUCUGUGACGUUAUUUUGAUUGCCGGGAACCGUAAGAUACCUGCACAUAGGCUUGUACUCAGCUCAGUUUCGGAUUACUUUGCUGCCAUGUUUACAAAUGAUGUUUGUGAAGCCAAGCAAGAAGAAAUCAAAAUGGAAGGCAUUGACCCUGGGGCACUUUGGGAUCUUGUUCAGUUUGCAUAUACAGGAUGUUUGGAACUUAAGGAAGAUACGAUUGAAAACCUCCUGGCAGCUGCAUGCCUCCUUCAACUCCCUCAAGUAGUUGAAGUGUGUUGUCAUUUCCUCAUGAAGCUUUUACAUCCAUCCAACUGUUUGGGAAUCCGGGCAUUUGCAGAUGCUCAAGGAUGCACAGAACUUAUGAAGGUGGCUCACAGUUACACCAUGGAGAACAUAAUGGAGGUUAUUAAAAAUCAAGAAUUUUUACUGUUGCCAGCAGAGGAACUGCACAAACUUCUUGCCAGUGAUGAUGUGAAUGUUCCUGAUGAAGAAACCAUUUUCCAUGCCUUAAUGAAGUGGGUCAAAUAUGACUUGCAAAGGAGAUGUAAUGACUUGAGUAUGUUACUUGCGUACGUCCGACUACCACUUCUUCCACCGCAGAUUUUAGCUGACCUAGAAAACCAUGCACUUUUUAAAGAUGACUUGGAAUGUCAGAAGCUGAUUCUGGAAGCCAUGAAAUACCAUCUUUUGCCAGAAAGACGAACUCUUAUGCAAAGUCCAAGAACAAAGCCGAGGAAAUCUACCGUUGGGAGUUUGUAUGCUGUUGGGGGAAUGGACAACAAUAAAGGUGCUACAACCAUCGAGAAGUAUGAUCUUAGGACCAAUAUAUGGAUCCAGGCUGGAGUAAUGAAUGGGAGAAGGCUACAGUUUGGUGUGGCUGUUAUUGAAGACAAGCUGUUUGUUAUUGGAGGCCGGGAUGGCUUAAAGACAUUAAACACUGUUGAAUGUUACAAUCCAAAGACCAAGGCGUGGACGGUCUUGCCUCCAAUGUCUACUCAUAGACAUGGCUUAGGAGUUACUGUCCUUGAAGGGCCCAUUUAUGCCGUCGGGGGCCAUGACGGCUGGAGUUAUUUGAAUACAGUCGAGAGGUGGGACCCCCAAAGUCAACAAUGGACCUUUGUGGCCAAUAUGUCUAUUGCCCGAAGCACCGUGGGGGUGGCAGCUUUAAAUGGCAAAUUGUACUCAGUUGGUGGCCGAGAUGGAAGUUCUUGUUUGAGCUCAAUGGAAUAUUAUGAUCCUCACACCAAUAAGUGGAACAUGUGUGCUCCAAUGUGCAAGAGAAGAGGAGGCGUUGGUGUGGCUACCUGUGAUGGUUUCCUUUAUGCCGUCGGAGGCCACGAUGCCCCCGCAUCUAACCACUGCUCCAGACUUUUGGAUUAUGUUGAAAGGUAUGACCCCAAAACUGAUACUUGGACAAUGGUGGCCCCAUUGAGCAUGCCCCGUGAUGCUGUUGGUGUCUGCAUCCUUGGCGAUAAAUUAUAUGCAGUGGGAGGAUAUGAUGGCCAGACAUACCUAAACACGAUGGAGUCAUAUGAUCCACAGACAAACGAAUGGACACAGAUGGCAUCUCUAAAUAUUGGAAGAGCUGGGGCCUGCGUCGUAGUCAUAAAGCAACCAUGACACUAUCUGUAAUGGAUUUUAUUGACUUCUAGCUGGAUUUUUCUGCCAAACAAGAAAGAAAAUUUUGUCAAGCAACAAGGUCAAUAGAUACCCUCAGCAUUCUGUUGAUCACAACUCAAAGACAUUAAAAUGAAGAGAAUGAAAUGAAGAUUUGAUGCCUUUUCCUAUCAAUAGAUACUGCUCUAUGGUUUACCAAGGGAAAAUUCUGUUUUGGUAACCAAUCUGUGUAUGUUAAAAGGAAGAAAUUCAGUUACUGCCCUGUAGGCCAUUCAAAAGAAACAAAGCAAAAGGCAAUGUCAAGACCAAAUUUUCUUAAGAAAUGGAGCAACCCAAUGGAUGGUUUUCAUAGCACUAGAUAUUUUAACUCCAUCACAGCACACUGUCACUUUGUAAAACAUAGCUUUUUAUUAAAAAGUUGUAUUUUA